AUUAAUUGUGGCUGAAGACACGAUCCCUUGCGCAUCUUGAAGUUAAGGUAGUCCAAGGGUUGCCAGAUUCUUACGCCUCCGAAUUGGUUCAGAGAACGCUUUUACUUGUUUCGUCACUUCAAGGCCAUGUGAUCCGGAAGUUCGCGGCCCGUUACCUCUGGUGUUCCCAAGUCGGUGUCAAGAAUGUCUUUAACUCUCCGUGACCGAAUGACUGUCUUGAUCGGCCAUCCGCGAAACGCCGACAAAUCUGCGACCGUGCUCUGUUGAAUAAUAAAAGCUCUAUAUGCAACAAGGGUGACUUCUGAGCCCCACUUGCCGUGGACCCUCUGCAACUUGUGACGUUCUAGCUGACAGUAGAGUGCAACCACUGACUGUCUCUGAAAACUGGAAAUAGGGGAAAUACAUCUUAAUCAAAGAUGACAGCAUCAACAGCGGCUCUUGUGUCGUGCGCGAAAGCCUCGUCGAGUAAUUCUGACCUUACAGUGCCUCCUGGAGCAGUGUACAUUAAUCCUCUGGUGUACAAUGUUGUAGGAGCCAACUACACGGAAUGGCGCAACUUGUCCACUGUUGGCUUUAACCCCACCAACACUGCACCCCCAUUCAUUCAGGUCUUUGACCCUUCGUUCCUCAAUGUCACCGGACCAUCCGCCACCAUUCGCUCAAUUGCUUCGAAUCCUGGAUUUGCUUUUGCUCAUGAAGCACCCAUCUACAUCCCAGACCUCAACGUAGUCUUCUUUUCGAGCAACGAUGGUGGUCCACUCGGGUACAACGGCUGGUAUAACAACAGCGUCGUUAGCAUGAUCAACAUGACAGAAGUCGACAUGGCGCUGGCUUCUACAACGGGAGAUGUCAAUAUACAGAUUCAAACACUCAACCUUCCGGACACUGUCCAAAUGGUAAACGGGGGCACAGGUCCAUACAAAGGAGAUCUUUUGUUCGUCACCUCGGGUCGCGCUUUGCUUCCUCCUUCGAUUGUGCGCGUCAAUCCCAGCCCUCCCUACAAUGCCACCGUUCUUCUGGACAACUUCUUGGGCAGACAGUUUAACUCGCUUAAUGAUAUCAAAAUUCUCCCUGGCACGGACAUCAUGUUCUUCACUGAUCCGACCUAUGGGUGGCUUAACGGCUUCCGUCCUGAACCAAUGCUACCAUCGCAGGUAUACCGCUUUGAUCCAUCCACUGGGCAGGUCAGAGUUGUCGCCGACCAGUUUGUGCAUCCGAAUGGUAUCGCAUUCACCCCCGACGGCGAAAGUGUAUACGUCAUAGACAGUGGUAUUUCUGGAGGCUUUCUUGGAACGAAUCAGACCCUCCCGGCCACGAUCUACCAGUACGACGUUGAUCCACAGACGCAGACGUUCAAGAACCGCAGAGUGUUCGCCUACUCUGAUUCCGGUGUUCCCGAUGGCAUUCAGCUGGAUACAAUGGGAAACGUUUAUUCAGGUAGCGGCGAGGGUACCCACGUCUGGAAUGCUGAAGGGACGCUCAUUGGGAAGUUCUAUCUUAACAGCACCACGGCUGAGAUGAUCUUCACGGAGUCCGGUCUUGUUAUUUUGGACGAGGAGACGAUGUAUCUGGUAGAUAUCCAAGCUCAGGGAUUGAAUCUUGCCACAUUGUAGAUUCGCUGCGUAACCGCCCUUAGUAACAUGUUGCAUACAACUAUCUACAUAGCAUGGCACA